ACCAAGGCAUCAACGCACGCGACGGAACAGCAUCGAGAGUCGCCUCCGAGCUUCAAAGUCUGCUGCCGCCUCGACAACUCUACGACAAGCCCUACCGACGCAACUGGGCCACUCCACCAUCAACUUUCGCCGCUCGGCCCUGUAGGAUCCAAGAAGGGCCUCUUGACCCCCAAAUUGCCCCCUCGAGGGGUUCGCGCCCCGUCCGAAAUCCCGCAACCUCGAUCCCCACGCCCAAGAUGACCAGCAGCCGUCCGCGACGCACCCGAAGAUGAUCACAAGGAAUUUGAGGAGCACGGCGCUGCUCUCCAGCUGUCCGAGAGCUGUUCCCAAAUUCGUUCAUAGGUCGCCGCGAUGGAUUCCGCAGAGGCCAGGCGGCUCAGUCCGCGCCCUGAUGACAUCCAUGCCCCGGCCGAAGGCGCCGACCUCGCCCUCCGUCAGGGAUGCCGCCCGCCCGGCCUCCAUCUCCAAGACCGCGAUCCCAACCGCGGCAACUAGCGCCUCGACAGCCUCCAAAGAUCCUCUAGCCACUCCCGACAAGACGAACCAGGAGCAACGCAAGGCCGACUGGGCCAUCAUCAAGGAGAUGUCACAUUACCUGUGGCCCAAGGACAGCUUGGGCACCAAGCUGCGUGUUGGGCUGGCUGUGUCACUUCUCAUCAGCGCAAAGGUGCUCAACGUCCAGGUGCCUUUCUACUUCAAGAGCAUUGUCGACGCCAUGAACAUCGACCCGUCUCUUAUGGCUGGCGCUGGCGGUACCGCGGCCACGGUGGCCGGCACCAUGAUUCUGGCCUACGGCGCCACCCGUGUGGGCGCAACUAUUUUCCAGGAGCUCCGCAAUGCUGUCUUUGCCUCGGUUGCCCAGAAGGCCAUCCGCCGCGUAGCCACAAACGUUUUUGACCACCUGCUCCGCCUCGAUCUGUCUUUCCACCUGUCCAAGCAGACGGGCGGCCUGACCCGCGCCAUCGACCGCGGUACCAAGGGCAUCAGCUUCCUGCUCACCAGCAUGGUUUUCCAUGUCAUCCCCACCGCCCUCGAAAUAAGCAUGGUCUGUGGCAUCCUGACCUGGCAGUACGGUGCCAAGUUUGCUGCCAUAACCGCUGUCACCAUGUCCGCCUAUACCGCUUUCACCAUCUGGACCACGGCAUGGCGGACCAAGUUCCGCCGCCAGGCCAACGCCGCCGACAGCCGUGCCUCGACCGUCGCCGUCGACUCGCUCAUCAACUUCGAGGCCGUCAAGUAUUUCAACAACGAAAAGUACGAGGUUGGCCGCUAUAAUGACGCUCUCAGGCAGUACGAGAAGAGUUCCAUCAAGGUCGCUACCUCGCUCGCUUUUCUCAACAGCGGCCAGAAUGUGAUAUUCUCAACCGCACUUACCGCCAUGAUGUAUCUAGGUGCGAACGGCAUUGCUCAGGGCAGUCUGACCGUUGGCGACCUCGUCAUGAUCAACCAGCUCGUCUUCCAGCUGUCGGUGCCGCUCAAUUUCCUCGGCUCCGUCUAUCGCGAGCUGCGACAGUCCCUUCUGGACAUGGAAACGCUCUUUAACCUGCAAAAAGUCAGCGUCUCCAUCGCCGAACAGCCCGGCGCCAAACCUCUGGCCCUGACCAAGGGCGGCGAGAUCCGGUUCGAGAAGGUGUCGUUUGGCUACCACCCAGACCGGCCUAUCCUGCGCGACCUGAGCCUCACCAUCCCUGCGGGCAAGAAGGUUGCCGUCGUUGGGCCCAGCGGAUGUGGCAAGUCGACGCUUCUCCGCCUGCUAUUCCGCUCUUACGAUGCCCAGUCGGGCCGCAUCCUGAUAGACGACCAGGACGUGCGCUCCGUCACGCUCGAUUCGCUGCGCCGCAGCAUAGGAGUCGUGCCGCAGGAUACCCCUCUAUUCAACGACACUGUCGAGCACAACAUCCGCUACGGCGACUUGUCGGCGCCCCGCGAGCGCGUCAUUGCGGCGGCGCAGCGGGCCCGUAUACACGACAUCGUCGAGUCGUGGCCCGAAGGAUACGCAACCAAGGUCGGCGAGCGCGGCCUGAUGAUCUCGGGAGGCGAGAAGCAGCGCCUGGCCGUGUCGCGGCUCCUUCUCAAGGACCCGCCGCUUCUCUUUUUCGACGAGGCGACGAGCGCGCUCGACACGCACACGGAGCAGGCGCUGAUGCAGAACAUCAACUCGAUCCUGCGCGAGAAGGCGCGCACGAGCGUCUUUGUGGCGCACCGCCUGCGCACCAUCUACGACUCGGACCUCAUCAUCGUCCUGCGCCAGGGCAGCGUCGCCGAGAUGGGCACGCACAAGGAGCUCAUCGACCGCGGCGGCCUCUACUCGGAGCUCUGGAGUGCCCAGGAGACGUUGUUCAAUGCCGACGGGUCGGAGAAGGUCGACAAUGUCGAGACUAGCGAGACUAGCGGGAGAUGAAUAUCCUCCAGGCCGUAAACUCAAAUCCUUCUCUUGUCGUUACCCCAACCCCUACUACAAAUUUGCUCUACCUGAAAUUCAGUCGGCUAUAUCCUCUACGUUUAGAUAUGUCUAUAUACCAUUGCACGUGGAAUUUCGAGCUGCGGCGGAGUUUCGCGGCCAAUUUUAAGACUAGCGGCCUUGUUUUGGAUAUCAAGCGUUGGAAGUAUCGACGGACCUCAUUUUGACUGUCUCCACCACUCCUCGAACCACCCUCAUCUUCAAUAGAAAUACCAAUUCGACCAGAAGCAGAUGACGAACAUCUAGUUCCUUUUCUGUUUCCGAUUUCUUAUUUUCGAAGCCCAGCAGCUCCCAUCCAUCACACGCGGCCUCGCAGGUAUCGGCCCUCGUCAAAGCCCUCAUCCUCAGUGCCCUGGCGCCAUAGCCAGAUCUCGCCCAGCGCGCGCGGGUACUUGCGGGGCGGAACCAGUGAGAGCGGGUUCGUCCAGGCGGCGACCGCGGGGCCGCC